AUGAUCUUUGGCGAUGAGGUCAAGUCGCAUUGGGCCACCUUCCUAGUUCUCUUCUUUGCCCACGGCAUGAAGAACCUGGUGAACCAGGUGGAGAUUGCCUUCGCGAGAUCUCUGGUGGCAUGUGAGGAGCCGCUGGCAGACGCCUACACCGGCUCGCAGUGGUGUGGCAAUCGCCUGGAGGUGAUCACUGCGGGGUACCAGAUUUCGCAACGGGGGCAGGCGCAAGAAAGCUUCGCCAUGCUGCUGGCGAUCACCAUGGUGGCCAUUCUAGGCUCGGUCUUCGGGCGCAAGGCUGUUCUUCUGGUAGGGCUAUGUGGUACCACCCUGUCCGUGGCUCUCUUCAUCUUGGCCUGCGCCCUACCGAGCUGGGCUCGGCUGCUCUUCGUGGCGGGCCAGGGCUUGCAGGGCUUGUUGCCCAUCGACCACAUCUCUGGGCUCAUCAUUCUGGACAUCUCCGUGUCAGGUGGCGGUGUGGCGGCUUACCAGGCCAAGUCCAUCUUGGACACCGUGGGCAACUUGCUGUGGGGACCGAUCCUGGGAAAUGUGGUGCAGUACUUGGAGCUGGUGAAUUACACCACUGUUUGGCUCAUCAUCUUCGCGGUCAACGCCAGUGUUCUGGGGCUGGCAGCUUUCGUGAUGUCCGAGUCCAUGGAUACAAAGAAGAAGAAGCCGGAGGAGGAGGAGGAGGAGAAAACCGGCAGUGCAGUUUCCAGGGUGGUGAACGAGGUCAUGUCGUACAGAGAUGUUUACAACAAUCCUUUGUCCUGGCGAUUUCUGCUGAUGGUUUGCAUCGAGCCGUGCUGGCUGCACAUCCUGGGCAUGAUUCCGGUGCAACUCAUGGCAUAUCACUCCUGGUCGCAAAGCGGGGUGACCAUGCUGAUUUUGAUUCAGCCCUUGUUCCUGGUCUUCUUCCCCUUGGUGCCCGCCCUGUGCCUGCGAGUGGGCUACAGCACCAUGAUGACCGUGUCCCUGGCCUAUCUCUACAGCGUCCUGAUCGCUGCGAACCUGAGCAUCGCUUUGUCCGACUGGGUCCCGGUGUUUUUUCUGGGCGCCUUCACCCUGAUCGGCGGCUUCAUGCCGCUGAAGGAGUACGUGGAUUCCCGCUUUUCCACCCCCGAGGAGAUCCUGCGGUUCAAGAGCGUGCAGUGGGUCAUCGGCUACGUGCUGGGCAUGGGCAUCGGCCCCGUGUACGCCUCGCUCUUUGAUGCGCGCUCCCAGACCUACCUGGCGCGCUCGGUGCCCAACAUCUUGGCCUGCUCGCUGAUGGUGAUCCAGUUGCUGCACGUCCGAUUUGUUAUGUAUCCUUUCAUGCAGAAGACGCUGCAUUUGAUGGAUGAGGGCGAGGCUAAGCUGAACAAGCUGUUUCAGCUGGUGAAGAAGGGUGAUGCGCCUCUGGACAAGGAGGUGUGGCAAGCGGCGGGCCUGGAGAAGGCCCUGGGCAAGAGCCUCGAGGAGGCGCAGGGGCCCUUCUUGGCCCUCGACGGCUUCAGGGAGUUCGUGAAGCGAGAGAGCGGGGGCACCAACGCGGAGGCCAAGGCCUUCUGCGAAAAGCUGGACUCAGCGUGGCUUGGCGGGGCCAAGUCGCGUGCGAAAGCCGGGGACAUGUGGCUGGCGCUGGACGAUGAGAAUCAGGCCUUGACGGACCGCUUGAAGGACGCGGAGAAGGCGGAGGAGGAGGCCUUGACCAAGGCUCCUCCUCCCAAAGCGGAACAGUCCACCCCAGUGGACAACUCCUUCUUCCUGCAGAUGGAGCGGGGCAAAGAGGAGACAAUCCUGCGGCUCACCAAUGAGAACCGCAAGCUGCUGGAGCAGGCCAAGCGGAUGAGCGAGGGCUACAGGCAGAUGGAGGAGGCAUUGGUUCAGACGCGGAAGGAGAUCAAGCGCGUGAGCCAAGUCAAAGAGCCGAAUCCACCCAGGAAGCCCGCAGGCUCUCCCGAGCUGGACGAGGAGGAGCGCAUCUACCGGAAGCUCCAGGACGAGUCCAUGGGUGAUCUGAUCAUGCAAAAGCUGCAGGAGAAGCAGGCCGAGCAGAAGCAGAAGAUCCAGGCGGCCCUGCAGGCCUCCUUGUCCGAAGAGAUCGGACGCAUCGAGAGCUGGGGCAGCGAUGUCAAAGGCGUGUUGCUGGCGGUAGAUGGCUUGGAGGCACAGCUGAAGCAUCAGCUGAAGGAGCCCAAAGCGUCCAAGAAGGCGAAGGCUUCCGAUGCCAAGGCGAAUGAAGGUAAGACCUUCAACACCGACAUCACCGUGGUUUCCGCGGAGAUGCUGGACAAGUUUGACAGCAUGAAGGGUCUGCUGGAAGUUGUGGAGAAGGAGAGUGUCCCACUCGCCCCAUCUGAAAACCGAUUCCUGGCCAAUGUGCCCAACAACGAAAGUGGGGGCCACUGGGGUCAGUUCCUGGCCCGUGAGGAGCAGCUGUCGCUGGAGCAGACGGUGCAAGCCGCCGCCCCCUGA